AGGACGUGGUGAAAACGUGAGUAAAUAAGCCAAAAAUUGAAAAGAAAAAUAAAAAAGAUACUCGAGGAGAGAAACCUGAAAAGGGGGUGCGCAGUGUUCCGCGAAGAAGUAGAACUAGAAGCGCGUGGUAACCCUAGCUAGGGUUUGCGUUUUGGGAUUCCCCUUUUGUGUGGUCGCAGCGCUGGAUCCGUAUCGUCUUCCUCCGUCUACGGAAGCGCCGUUGUCUCGAUCCUUCGCCGAUCUCGGAAGCAUGUACGGUCCCCGAGGGGCAAUGUUGGGAAGCGGGGGGGUUUCGGACGGGUACGAGGUUGGCUCAAAGAGACAAAGAAUGAUGGAAUCCAAUCCAUACUUCGCAGUGAGCAGCGGGACAGGCAGCUUACCUUAUGGAUAUGCCGGUGGCUUCCAGCCCCCUCCCUUUCCUGUGGUUCGUCUCAGGGGGCUUCCAUUCAACUGCACUGACAUUGACAUCUUGAAGUUCUUUGCUGGAUUGACCAUUGUGGAUGUGUUGCUGGUCAACAAGAGUGGCCGGUUCUCAGGCGAGGCCUUUGUAGUCUUUGCAGGAGCAAUGCAGGUUGAGUUUGCGCUGCAGAGAGAUCGCCAGAACAUGGGCCGCAGAUAUGUGGAAGUGUUCAGGUGUAAGAAGCAGGAUUAUUAUAAUGCUGUUGCUUCUGAGAUUAAUUAUGAAGGAAUAUAUGAUACCGAUUACCAUGGUAGUAGCCCUCCACCGUCCCGGUCAAAGAGGUUCAAUGAUAAAGACCAAAUGGAGUACACUGAGAUAUUGAAGAUGCGUGGACUUCCAUUCCAAGUGACAAAAUCUCAAAUUGUUGAGUUCUUUAAAGAUUUCAAGCUGAUAGAAGAUAGGGUACACAUUGCGUGUCGCCCUGAUGGGAAAGCUACUGGAGAGGCAUAUGUGGAGUUUGUUUCUACUGAGGAGGCUAAGAGGGCAAUGUCCAAGGAUAAAAUGACCAUAGGAUCAAGGUAUGUGGAGCUCUUUCCGUCUACACCAGAUGAAGCUAGACGGGCCGAAUCAAGAUCAAGGCAGUAAUAGUGAUAUUUUGCCUGUGAUUUGGUAUCUUAUUUAGGCCUUUAACCUUGUUCCUUCUGGUGCUAUUACAAUGUUUUGAAUUUUAGAUGAUGUACUUUAUUUCUAGUUCGACUUGCUGUUAUAUUUGCAUGUCUGAAACGGAUACAUUAAUUGAUUAAUAGAAAAGGCCUUCGAAUAUA